GAGGGUUUUGGAUCCGAUUCUUUUGGAUCUUGUGUUCAGUUUAAUAGAACUAACAUCCGUAAGCCACAUCGAGCCAGUUUUGCGUUUUGCUUAGAUUUGCAAUCUCUCGAAUUCAAACCAUUCAAACGUCCGAGCCGUCUCUCAGUGACCGUGUUUGACACUGGUGUUUGUGUAAAUCAAGGUGAUGCGGCACCUUUAGUUGUUCCAGUGCAUAAAUGAUGGAGAAAGCACGCAAAGCAACUAGUAAGAGUAGCCGAAGUUGCUUCGUGCCCAAUUGUAACUCUGGAUACAACUCCUGCCCCGAGAAACGCUCGUUGUUUCGAGCUCCGCGCGACGCAGCACUUUUUGAUCAGUGGGAACGAGCCAUUUCAAGAACGGAUAAGAAACUGCAGCACCACAACUCCGUAUGCGAGCUCCAUUUCGAGGAAAGGUUCAUACAGCGCACUCAUCGCUACAUAAUCCACGGCUCAGAAGUCUUCUUACCACGUGAAGUGGUGAAACUGAAGGAACGUGCCGUGCCUACGAUAUUCGGGGUUUCCUCCAAGGAGGAUAAACGGAAGCUAAAGGCACCUCCACAAGGCAUUGAAGCAAAGCCGGUGUCUCUGCACUUGACUGCUACCCAAGGAGAAGCUCCCAGCAAUAAAACAAACUUGAACGUCGAAAGAGUGAACCGUAGCACCAUGACGGAAGCGAAGCCUCUGCUUCAAACUGUCGGGGCUGUCUGCCCUACUGCGCCGUCAAAUGUCUCGGAGAGCACGGACUGCAAUUCGUGUGCAUGUUGUUACUUGUUCGAAAAUCUGGAGUGCCCGUCGAAGUACUGGUCUCAACAGCUGUUGGCCACAGAGCCUCUCACAGUCUCCUACCAGACGGCGACAUACACGGGAGAAGGCGACUAUCCGAUAGCCUUGGACAAAGUGGUGGUGUUCCGCACGAACGAGACAAACUCUGCAGCAGCCGUCUGCAAGGUUUACCUGCGGGGUUUCCUUCACCAGGAAAAGGCCGUCGCAAGCAGACGAGAAGCACAGGACGCCCUGUCUUACGUUGGCCGUCUCGAACUUUGUGCCGGUGUGGGGUUGUUGGGUGAAUUUGCAUCUAUCACGCUCGAAGAGGCCAAGUUGCGCAUCACCAGGGACCGCAUGUAUGCUGACCAGUGUGGCGGAUCUGUUGUUGGCGCUGUGGGAAAGCGUUGUUCGGCGUGCAAGCAGUCACGGAAACUCCUGACAACUCGCCAGUGGAAGGCCAAGAAAGACGGAAAAGCACCGUUGGACUGUGUCACCUUUGUGUACAGCUUUGGCCAGCCGACAGUAGCAAAGUCGUAAAACGUUUUCGACCUCAAGUUCCACAAAAAGUUAGUUCUAGAAAGGCUUGGUUUAGCAAAGUUUCACCUUUCUGAAAUAAACGAGUGCCAACAGGAUCAGGACGGCAGGGCGUCUCUUUCGGAUACCCGACCACCAGCACAGACUCGUCCCUGCUGUUUUCACCCUGUCAGCGACUAAAGUAAGCCUCUGUCAUUGGCAGGACCAAACCAAGUGUGAGAUGUGCCACCGGUCAUGGUUUUACUCAAAUUGUCUUGCUUGUCUUAGCCCGUCCUCCACUGCAUUUCAAAUCAAUUUUUUUUUAAGCGUCUGUGUGAACCUUGUGUUUACUUCUGGUGUGCCCCACAGAGGGGUUUUGUAAUAAGAAUUUAAUACCGUG